GAGUUAGACAAUUAUUUUUACAAGAGGAUGAAGAAAUUUUUUUUAUUUUUUCUUGCAGUGAUAACUAUUUUAGUGGUAAUAAACUCAUCAGUUGCGUACAAACCUGUGAGGUCUUUAAAACACUAUCGGCGAAAACCUUGGGUAUACCAGCGACCACAAUGGCAAAGAUUUUCCCAUCCUCAUAAGCGGCCAGUCAAUAAAAGGCCAUCGGAAUUUCAUUAUCCACCUCAACGGCGACCUCCAAGAUCCCGGUACUUAGAUAGAAACAGAGAACCGUUCACUAUUGAAUUUGAAUUACCUAUCGAGUAUGUGGAAAAUUACCACAGAAGAUUUAAGGGCGAUUUUCAAAAUUAUGAUGAUGAUGAUUACACUUUAGAUGACUACGGCGAUGAUGACGCUGAUGAUCGCCAACUUAGAGUUCAGGUA